GGAGCACACAGGAAAAUGCUUGUGGCUGCCUUUGGGCCUCAGGCAGGGAGAGGCUGGGAUAAAAGCAAGCCCAGCUGUUUGCUCUCUCCACCACUUCUGCCACCUCCUUCUCCUUGGGAACCAAAUUCACCUCCAGUCCCCAGACAUGUCCUGCUCUGACCAGUGCUGUCCCUGUGGCCCCUGCCAGCCCUGCGGCCCGUGCCCGCUGGCCAGCAGCUGCAAUGAGUGCUGCUGCAGGCGGUGCCAGGACUCCGUUGUGGUCAUCGAGCCCUCUCCCGUGGUGGUGACCCUGCCCGGACCCAUCCUCAGCUCCUUCCCUCAGAACACCGCUGUGGGAAACUCCACCUCCGCUGCUAUUGGCAACAUCCUCAGCUCCAACGGAGUGUCCAUCAACACUGGCUGCUGUGACCUGUCCUGCAUCACCAGCUGCUACUGUGGCAACAGAUGUCGGCCCUGCUAAAUCUGCUGGCAACGGACCUGGACAAGAACCUCCAAGACUUCACAACCUGAUGCUGGACAGGAGAUAGAACUUGAGGCACUGCCUCCAGAGCUUCAGGCCUCUGUUUCCUCUUUCCUCCCUCUUUUCUUUGCUGUUUUUUUUCUUCCUAACGCCACCGGAGUCAACACCUGUUGGCCUCCGUCCCUCUGCAGAGCAGUCAGGCGGACACCCUGCGGGACCUCCGCCGUGUCUUGGUGGCUGACCCUGGUGCUCCCUGGCAGCCACUUCCUUUCCUUCUUUAGACUGAUUAAAGUUGUGCU